UCCGAUCCGAUCCGAUCCGACACGAAACUUUCCGAAGACGAAAGAGCACGUCUGUCUGGUCUGUCCACUUUCUUUCUCCGCUGGUCUCGAGGAAUCUUUCGAGCAUCUAUGUUGUUCGUGAUGGUUUGGGACUCAAAUCUUGGAACUCAGUUUGAUCCGACCAGCUUAUGAUUCUGUCUUUUUUCUUAGAACCCCUUGAUCCACACUGACUAAUCCCGUGUCAGUUGGUUCUGCUGGAAAAAAGUUUCCAAUUCAGUAUAUAAUGCUUGCUUGCUUCAUAGGUUUUCAUGUCGAUACUGUGUUGUGUUCCUGUACUUGAAUGUGUAUAUUGCUUGGGUUGUGCCCAUUGGUUGUGGAAGAAAUGUUUGUACACAGCAGGUCACGAGAGUGAGAAUUGGGGAUUAGCUACAUCAGAUGAGUUUGAGCCUAUCCCUAGGAUCUGCCGUUUGAUCUUAGCCGUUUAUGAGGAGGAUCUUCAUGACCCUAUGUGGGCACCUCCUGGUGGUUAUGGGAUUGACCCGUAUCAUGUUAUUCUCAAGAAAGACUAUGAUCAGACUCAAGGCCGUGUGACCCCUUACAUGAUCUACUUGGAUCAUGACAACGGCGAUGUCGUCUUGGCCAUUAGAGGGCUUAAUUUGGCUAAAGAGUGUGAUUAUGCUGUUCUGCUUGAUAACAAACUUGGACAGACCAAGUUUGAAGGAGGUUAUGUGCAUAACGGGUUGUUAAAGGCUGCCAUGUGGGUUUUCGAAGAGGAGCAUGUGGUUUUAAGGGAGCUACUCGAGGCAAACCCGAGCUAUUCGUUGACGUUUGUUGGGCAUUCGCUAGGUGCAGGGGUUGUGUCUUUGCUUGUCUUAUUUGUGAUUCAGAACCGGGAUAGGUUGGGGAACAUAGAGAGGAAGAGGAUUAGAUGUUUUGCUAUUGCUCCUCCAAGAUGUAUGUCUCUCCAUCUAGCUGUGACAUAUGCAGAUGUCAUAAACUCUAUUGUUCUACAGGAUGAUUUCUUACCUCGGACUACCACAGCUCUAGAGAAUGUCUUCAAGUCAAUUAUUUGCUUGCCAUGCUUGUUGUGUCUCACAUGUUUGAAAGAUACAUUCACAUUCGAGGAGAAAAAACUCAAAGAUGCAAGGCGUCUAUAUGCUCCUGGUAGGUUAUACCACAUCGUUGUGCGCAAGCCCUUGAGAUUAGGAAGAUAUCCACCUCUUGUGAGAACAGCUGUCCCAGUUGAUGGGAGAUUUGAGCAGAUUGUUCUCUCCUGUAAUGCAACAGCGGAUCACGCUAUCAUUUGGAUUGAAAGGGAAUCUCAGAGAGCUCUCGAUUUAAUGCUGGAAGAGGACCAAGUUAUGCAGAUUCCAGUGGAGCAGAAAAUAGUGCGCCAAAAAUCGAUUGUUGAGGAUCAUGACGAAGAAUACAGAGCAGCUAUAAUGAAGGCAACUUCUCUGAACAUCCCCAUGUCUCCAUCACCGUCUUAUGGAACAUUCCAUGAUACAGAAGAAGGAGAAAGCUCUGCAGGAUCAGGCAUGGAAGGAUCCCCGUCCCCGUGGUCUUUCAAAGGAGUGAGAAGAAAAUGGAAUCAAUUCAUAGAUUGCCGUUUUCCUGUAAAUGACGACAGUGGACAUAUGAUCUUCAAGAAAACGGAAUCUGCAGCUUUGUUGUGUGGUCAAGAAACAUGAAAAUAUCUUGUUAUAGGUGUACAUGUAGAAUCUAGGAUAUAGUUUCAGUCCAGAUAAGCAAAGUAGAUGAAAAUUUAUUAUUGAGAGAUUAAAAUUUUCUUCAUUGUUCAAGCUCUUUUUGUGCUGUUGCUAGCAAUUUCUUCUGAAAUCUCAAUGGAUACAACACUUAUAUUGUAAUAUUAUAUACACUGUUCAUUUGACAA